CGAAAACACAUUUACUAACAAUCUCUAUAUCUUAUCUACGAAAACCGGUUGAUAGCAUUUUGAAACUUUCAGUCGUUUCAGUGGUCUCGUCGUGAACAAUUCGAUUUUGUUUUUAGUUAAAAAAUUGGUCGUAUAUUAAUUUAUAAAUUAAAAAAAAAAAAAAAAAAAAAACAAAAACAACAAAAUGGUUCCUAAAUUAUUUGCCUCAAAUGUAAGUCCCGCCGUAAGAUCUACUCUCAUGACUAUCAAGGCUUUGGGAAUAGAUGUGGAAAUCAUUCCCGUGAAUAUGUCCAUUGGGGAACACUUGAGACCAGAUUAUUUAAAGAUGAAUCCCAUGCACACGGUUCCUACUUUAAAAGACGAUGAAUGUGUCAUAUACGACAGUCACGCUAUAAAUAUUUAUUUGAUCGAAAAAUACCAACAAAACACAGAUUUAUAUCCUAGGGAUGCGGCUAAAAGAGCAAUAGUACAUCAAAGAUUGUUCCUGGAAGCGGGAAUAAUUUUCCCCAGAAACGCUGACAUAGUUCGUUCUAUAUUGAAAGAAGGCGCCAAAACGGUCAACAAAGAAAAAGCCGCCAAAGUAAUUGAAGGUUACAAUUUCUUGGAAACAAUUUUGGAAACUUCGGAAUAUGCUGCAGGUGAUAAGAUGACAAUAGCAGAUUUCAGUCUGGUGGCUACGGUAACUUCGGCAAACGUUCUAGUACCGAUAGCAGCAAAUCGUUAUCACAAAAUUUCCGAAUGGAUAACGAAAAUGGAACAAUUACCUUAUUAUAAAGAAGCCAACGGUGAGGGAUUGGAAAUUUACUCUAAUAUGAUGAAAAGUCGUCUCGCUUGAAUUCAUUUUUUUGUACUUUGUUUUUUGAUAUUAAUUUUGUAUUAUUUUAUUAUUUAUAAUAUAACAUAACCUUUAUUAUUUCCUAAAAGUUAAUAAUAUAUUGGUGAUUACGACAUGUGGCACUGGUGAUAUAAAACGUUUUAUUUUGA